GGUUUCAGGAAGAAGCGCUGUGACGGUGGACUGUAGCAGUGAAGAAACGCUGAGUGGAGAAACACAGAGACACCCGGACGACCUCACUCGAAUGGUAUUUUGUUUACGGCCAUCAAACGAUGUCAGUCAGUGACGACCUUCCAGACAUGGACGGAACAGACCUGUUAGGCCUGCUGUUCCACGGCGGAGAGGAUGGAUGCACUGAGCCUCUCUUCCCAGAUGAGAAUGGGCUCAUUGAAUCCUGGCUAUCGGAGCAAGAUAUGCUGACAGGAAUGGAUACAGAGGACUUUUUGUCCAGCUUGUUAGAGGAAGAGGACAACAUGGGUGCUAUCUGUCCCUCUCACUCUCCCUUGGGCAGCGACAGCGGCAUAUCUGACGACAGCAGCACUGGAGUUGGAAACAACAACCCUCUGGGAUGCCCGAGUCCCCAGGGCAGCGAUAGUGACGUCGUGCCCAGUCCCAGCUACUCCCAGCCCAGCCCGGUGCAUUCGGACCCCGCCCUGGCCUUUGGAGACCCGCAGACAGAGAGCCUGGAGGUCUUAACAGUCCAGGCGGAUCACAGCUACUCUCUGCUGCAGAGCGGUGGCAGGGAAAUGGAUGUCCUGCAGAGUGUGAGGGCAGAGAAGCCAGAUACAGAUGUCUUCAUUGAUCUGGACGAUUUGGUGAGUGAGGCAAUGGAGGAGGACAUCACAGACGAGCUGCCCUGCACUUUGGCAAUUGAAGACUCAACACAGGCCAGCAAAACAGACCAGUUCCAGUUUAAAGAGAUUGUGCUCACUGAGGAGGAGAAGCGACUUUUGGGAAAAGAGGGAGUGACUAUUCCCACACACAUGCCUCUCACAAAGGCCGAGGAGAGGACCUUGAAGAGGGUCAGGAGGAAGAUCCGCAACAAGCAGUCUGCUCAGGAGAGCCGCAAGAAGAAGAAGGUUUAUGUUGAUGGACUGGAAAACAGGGUUGCCAUCUGUACUGCACACAACCUGGAACUACAGAAGAAAGUCCAAUUGCUUCAGAAACAGAACAUCUCCUUGAUAGAACAACUGAGGAAGCUACAGUCUAUGGUGAAGAUGUCGACCAUGAAGGCCAGCACAACCAGCACUUGUGUCAUGGUGUUCCUGCUGUCUUUCUGUCUCAUCAUCUUCCCGUCAGUCAACCCAUUUGGCGGAAACAAAGAACAGAAAGAACUCUACACUCCCUCCUCCAUCAUCUCCCGGACCUUGCGCUCGCUGCCACCAGAAAGCACAGACGCCAUAGGCUACCUUGAGCCCGAAGAAGAGGAGCUUCUCCUAGUGCCCCAAGCAGAAGUGGAGAACGUCAAAGCCAUCUUCUCCGGCGGUCAGAAGAAUCACACCCCAGACUUCCAAAGGGUGGAGCAGCCCGACUCGGAAACAGGUGUCAACAGCAACUCCUCGGCAGACUUCCCCAGUCCGGUUCAGGUGGCAGAGAUGAAACCGGGGCCGGCGGGUGGAGUCGGAGCCUUACAGGAAGCAUCCAUAGAAGCUGCUGUUGCGUACGAAGUCACAGGAUCCAAGGAUAACUGGAUAGACCGAAAUCCCCCGUCUGUCAUAUUACAACAACAUCGCUCAGAUGAGAUGUAGUAGGGAGCUGUUGAUCAAUAUAACCAGCAGAGGGAGCCAUAUUCAUAUUUUAGGUACCAGAGGGAAGCUUAAACUUAAAAAGGGAUCAAAGGAACAUAACAGUAAUUAUGGAGCUAUAGGAUCAGUCUGUCUGUCUCUACUUUUCCCCUCUAACAGCCUUCUCAUGUACUACUGUGACUUUAUUUGCACUUUGUUCUUUUUUGUUUUUAUUGCUCCAGUGGGCAAAAAGAACCGCAGAGAGAUUUCCACAUUUCAGCAGUGCGAACUACUUGACUUUGACUAAAAUUUUCAAAUUUGUCGGCAACACUGCAGGAAAACUUUUAAUAAUCUGGCAGUAGAUUACUUCAAGAGAAGUAUUACUUGAUGGCAUUGUUAUUUAUCACUAAAUUCAAGGGGGAGCUUUGUUUGACUCGUCUGUUUGAUCACAAAUGACUCUCCUGUAUUAAAUUAUUGUGAAAAUAAUUAGUCUGCCAGUGUGCACUCCAAAUUAGCCAGAAACAUCCAUUGUAUAGUAGAACAUAGGCUGCUUGAUUCUCAUAAAGCUUGAUCAAAGUGGUUGUUAGACCAUCGUAAUGCUUAAGCCAUUGCAGGACAUUUGGCCAUUUAGAAGACUUGUAAAGUUUGUUAGUAUUUCCCUUGUAACAAGGGUAUCCAUGCUUCUUUUAAUUUUAAUUUUUUGAAUGCUUCGUUUUUAUGUUGUACAGUAAAGCGAGGAAAAAAAACGUCAAAAUAUAAGCAAGACACUGAUCCCUUGACUUUGUCUUUGUCAGCCAACCCCAGUUUACCCCCACAGUCUCCUCUUUUUCAACUUCAUGGGACAGUUCUUACCUUUCUAAACAUGUCUGAAAUACGUUAGCACGUGCGUGCACAGAGUAAAGGGGGUUUGAUGUAUUCGCUCAGUAAACGGUGUUGCAGUAAAAUAUACUCAAAAAUGUAAUGACCUGUUUUGUCAGUGAGGCAUUUUUGUCAUUUUAUUUGUGUACUUUUUAUGUUACUAUCAGUAAUACAUGGAAUCAAAAUGGUAUUGGAACUGCUUUUUGUUAUAAUCGACAGUCAAUGAGAUUUUAAGUGUUGAUCAUGUUGAACAAAUGCACUGACAUUUGACAUAGUCCGAGAAUGAACUGUAAAUAUGCUUAAAUGAUUGUAGCUCUGCUGUACAUUGGAACUCUUUAUGUAUAAGACAUGUCUGGACAUCUAUAAUAAUAAACUUUUUAUAUAUCAGAAUGAC